UAUUUGUUUAUUUAUUUAUUUUUUUGAUACAAAGCAUGUCGCCAAUAAAGUUAAGCUUAAUUGAAGGCACACAUAUUUCUUCGCUAAAUAAUCAAAUAUGCUUUACCAACGACUGUAUUAAUGCAGCUGCAAACUUAUUACAUUCAUUAGAUAUGAACAUUGAUCCCUGUUCUGAUUUUUAUCAAUUUACUUGUGGUAAUUGGAUUAAAGAUACUAUAAUUCCUGAAGAAUUGGCAGGAUUUGGUAUAUUAGAAGUAGAGUCAAUGAAGCAUAGAGAACGAUUAAGAACAAUAUUUGAUGGAACCUAUGAAACUCUUUUACGCUCAACGUUAUCUUUAUCCAGUUUUCAAGUGACAACAAAGAAAAACAUAGAUAUUGACAAAGCUAAUUUCAAAGUCUUAAAAAAUUAUUAUACGUCAUGUAUCGAGAUUAAUGAUGCAGAUAAUGUACUUAAUUUGGCAACCUUCUAUAAGGAUUUAAAUAAGCUGCAAUUGGAAAUAACUGAACUAGAGAAUAGAAAUAUUUCAUUCCAAAUUAAUGACAAACUAUUUGAUAUCAUUAGUUAUCCAAAAUCGGAAGAAAGUAUGAUUAUAGAAGUAGGAGGGCUCUUUUCAAUUGAGAUAUAUCAUAAUGAUAAUAAUAGAAAAGAAAUGGGAAUUGCCAUUUUUCCACCGUCUGAAUUAGAUAAUAUUAAUAUAGCACCACUGGAAGACCUAAGUUCAGAAUUACUCUAUAAUUUAGUUUCUUCUCUAUUUAGUGCAAACAAUUUUACAGACAGAGAUCGAACAAGGAAUUCACUCUUGGAAGACAUAGGUUUAAAGACUUUAUCAAACUUCGAUAUUUAUUCAAUAGUAGAUAAUGCUGUUUCUGCACAAAUCGAAUUAUUGAAAUUCAGUAAAUCAUCAUUUGUUGGAGAUUUUAGUAAAGUUUACUCAGUAGAUGAUGCAGUUACAUUGUUUCCGUUUAUAGACUGGAAGUCAAUAUUGAAAUCAAAUAUACCUCAAAAUCAUGAUUUAUCCAAUUUGAAGAUAAAUAUUAACAAUAUCAAUUAUUUCAACAAGCUUCAGUAUUUUGCAAACAUUAAUGAUCCAUCACGUUUCAUAUAUAGAGACGGAAUAAUAGACUUUAUCAUCAUUCAUAAAAUAGUUCAAGAUGCAUCAAAAUUAGAUAAAGAAAUGCGUGAUCUUAUGCCAGAUACACCUUAUCAGACAAGGUCAAGUUUAUGUAUAGAUAAAACAUUAGAUAAUUUUGGACUUGUAGCAGGUCGGUUUUAUUCUAUGAUUACAUUUGAUGGAGAAUCUGAUCGGUUAAAGUUAGAAGAAAUAGCAAAUACAAUUAAAAAGUCUCUGAGGGAUCGUAUCGAGAAUGCUAGUUGGUUAGAUAUCUCGACUAGAAAAGCUGCUAUUAAGAAGUUGAAUACAAUGAGUACUUCUAUCGGUUAUAGUCUAUCUUUUCCUGAUGAACGUUCACCACUCGAUAUUCAUUUUUAUUUAAAUGGACUUGAAACAACUACUGAUAAUUUUUAUGAAAAUGAAAUGUCUGUUAUUAAAUGGAUUUUACAAACUUAUUGGGGCACGUUAGGAAGAUCAAUAAAUGCUGGUGAAUGGCUUGGUAUUAUAAGUCCACAAGUAUUAAAUGCGUUUAAUUUAUUAUCUAGAAAUAGUGUAUUUGUGAGCGCUGCAUUUGCUCAAAAGCCAAAUUAUGAUAAACAUUAUCCAGAUUAUUUUAAUUAUGGGGGUAUCGGACAAACUUUUGGACAUGAGUUUUCUCAUGGAUUUGAUGACUUUGGUUCAGAAUAUGAUGAAUUUGGCAUUGAAAACAAUUGGUGGUCUGAAGAAACAAAGCUUAAAUACAACGAAAAGGUACAAUGUUUCAUUGAACAGUACUCAAAAGCCACUAUUACAGAUGAAAAUGGGGAAGAGUAUUCUAUUGAUGGUUAUUUAACAUUAGGAGAAAAUAUAGCAGAUAUUGAGGGCUUAUCUGCAGCUUAUGAUGCUUAUUUAAAUUUAAAACGUAGUGGAAAAGGCUAUAAUCCUAUACUUCCUGGUCUUCAUAAUUAUUCACCUGAGGCUCUUUUUUUCAUUAAUGCUGCUCGUUCAUUUUGUUCAAAGCCUUUACCUGGGACAGUGAAAGACUCGCUCACUGAUGAACAUGCACCGGACUCUAUUCGAGCAAAUAAAGUCUUUCAAAAUAAUGAAGAUUUUGCCAAAGUAUUUAAUUGCCCUAUAGGAAGCAAAAUGAAUCCUAAAGCUGAGAAAUGUAAAAUAUGGUAGAUUUGCAUACACAUAGUGUUUUUUUGUUGCUGUUGUUACUGUAUUAUAAUAAUUCUUUCUAUCAACAAGAAAUAAAUACAUCUAUUUCUCUUGUAAGCAUUCAUUGAAACUUUGUGAGAUUUUUUAGAAUAUAGUUUUCCAACUUGGAUACCCUCAAGUCCAUAAAAAUCCUGAGGCUUUUCAUUUUAUAUAACUUGUCAAAAUAAUAUACAUUAUCAAUGAUUUAAAUAUUUAAAUGUAACAAGCAUACGUAAAUAAAUAAGCUUGAUAUAAAAGAAUAUAUUUU